AUGGCACAGCAAUCCAGCCCCUUCAUCAAGCAACUGGCGUCAAGCGACCGCAAACUCCGCCUUCGCGCACUCUCUUCCCUACGAACCUACCUCUCCGCCUCCCGCCCGACAUUCUUCACCCAGCUCGAUUUACUGAAGCUAUGGAAAGGCUUGUUCUACUGCCUGUGGAUGCAGGACAAGCCACUGCACCAGCAAAAUCUAUCGCGCGACCUCGCAGAUCUGGUCGACGUGCUAAAAGGGCAAGAGAAUGUGCUGGGCUUCCUUGAGGCAUUCUGGGUGACGAUGGCUAGAGAGUGGGCGAAUAUUGACCGAUUGAGGAUGGAUAAGUAUCUGUACCUUGUUCGGUGCUUCGUGCGAAAGGGGUGGGAGAUAUGCGCCGCGGAUCGAUGGGCGGAUGGGGAGCUUCUCGGGGCUUACUUGCGGAUGCUGGAGGCUAUUCCACUCAAUCCGAGGGACAUGAAAGUGCCUAAUGGACUGAGGCAUCAUGUUGUGGACGUCUACGUGGAUGAGCUUGAGAAGGCUGAUCCAAAUCAUGGGGCACCACUGAGUGUUAUGCUUAAGCCGCUGCGGAGGCUCGAAGAGGAGACGGUGACGAAGAGUGUGCGGAUGAGGGUACGAGAAGCCUUGGAGGACGAGCGAUUACAGGAGUGGCAGGUUGUGGACGUGGCGCAGCCUGAGGCCACGGAGAGCGCGGGUGAAAAGGCCGAAGACGGUGCUGAAACAGCUGCGCCUGACGACGACGACGUUGACGGAGACGGAGACGGAGACUUUAACGGGUUUGGAGACUGA